AUGAUCCGAAGGAUUGACGAACUUCCAAUUGGUAAUGGGACCAUAAGGGACGUCGGUAAAGGAAACGGUUUGGGUGGUAAAAAAGAGGAAAGCAAGGGCAAUAACGGUGUUGGAAUGUUUGAUAAUUCGAUAAAUGUGUUGUCGAAAGAGGUUGGUACGAUGUCUGAAGAGAUUAAGAGUUUAGAGAAGAUGUUUGUUUCCAGAGACAGCACGACGACAGCGUCGAUUGAACAAUUAUUUGCGACUUUGAAGACGCUGUCACACAAUCAGACGGUGCUAGAGAAUAAGGUUGAUGAUGCUUUGAAGAAUCAGCUCAACACGGAUGUGAUGGUCAACAGUAUCAAUGCGAGGAUGAACCAGUUAUCCAGCGCUCUUUCGAAUCUUUCGAAGGCGGUGCCUCCGGGGUCCCAGGGUGGCGUUAUGAAUGAUUCGCAGUCGUCGACGGCGAAUAGCACAGGUAAUCAGUCGAGACCGCAUUCCGUUCGUCGCGGUCCGGGAAGACCAAGAAAGGACGGCUCCGUUGGCCGCGCUGGUGAUAGCAGCGGUGGCAGGAUACAGGUGAAUCCAGUUAAGGUAUCUCUGCCUACGGGAGCGGUACAGGUUUCUAAAUCAAAGAGGUACUUCAUAGACCCAAGUGCUAGCUCUGAGAGCGUAAGCGCCGUCAAGACUGAAGCCGCGGGAAAGAAAGCGGUUCCGGCUAUUCCGGUGAAGAGGAAAAGAGGUCGUCCGCCUAAGAAGAGAACCGUUGAGGCGGUGAUUCUGAAUCACCAAAAUGCGAGCAAUGCCGACGAGGAGCAGGUACUCAAGACUGAGGAAGAGGAGAAGAGUGUAGAUAAUAAGGAAGAAGAACAAGAAGAACAAAACCACGAACUACCGUCCCAGGAAUCGGCACCAGCUGUAGGCAGUGCCCUUAUAUCCCCUUCUUUGUCCGCAUCUCCGCCUUCGAUGUCGAGAUCUUCUUCUCCCUCAACGCCAAUUCCUAAUUUAAUACCCUCGGCAGCAGUUACUGCUGAAACAACUGACAUUCCCGAGAAUGAGCCGGAAGAAGUGGCGCAAAUUCCAGCAGAGAACCCUAUCAUCACAACACGCAUCAUCGGGCCCUUGGCACGGAAGAGGCUCUUGGGUGCUGCCGCUGAUAGCGAUAACAUAACGAUCGAGAUGUCCUCUUCUUCAGUGGCCCCUGAUAAUAAUACGGCAGAUAAUAACAAUCCAGAUGUAAGCAGGCAACAACGGGAGUUAGACAAGAGACGAGAUGCACGGGAAAAGAUGCUCGUUAACAUGAAAUAUAAUGACAGAGAGAAAGCAAAAUCAUUCAUGGAGUCGAAUAAGCAACUUCUCAAAGCAAUGAGGGAGGAGGAGAGGCGAAAGAGGAUGACUGCUCUAAUAAACGCACCCCCAAGUACAACGAACGUCCAGGUACAGCAAUAUGGGUCAUCUUCCGCGGCUGCCACGACUCCAUCAACCGAAUUCGCUUUCAAAACAGAGGAACUGUCUCAGCAGCACAGAAAAGUAGGCAUAUCUUCAAUGCUGAAUAACGAGGGAUCAGCACUAAUACAGGAAUCGGAAGAACGCUUAGCGCGCAAAAGGUCGAACGAGAAUGAUGAUCAAGAUGAUUAUGAUGAUCUGGACGAUGACGAAUAUGACGAUGAUGACCAGCAAGAUAGACGAUUGAGGAAAAGAAGGUCUUCAAAUUUUGCCCUAUCGCCAAGUGCGCCUCUUCUUGAGAAAUCACCUAGUUCAGAAAAGGAAACUGGUGGUGCAAACAAAAGACAAGAAGAUCAGGCAUCUUUGUUACUAGCAUCGCCCAUCGAACUUCUCUGUAGAGAUGGAUUCUUCUACCAAAGAGACCACCCCAAAGUACCGAUAACGACCGGCUCUUACUUGAGAUUUAAAUUCAAAUCCAAAGAAGAGGAACUGGUGGGUCUGAGCAUCAGUCAGAAGGAUUUUGUCGAUAGCACACGGCAUGAAAGAAUGAAUGCCCAUUUUCUGAAACCGGAAAUUGACGUCGAAACAGAACAAGCAUUCACGAUUCUGAGCAAGACUACGCUGACUGAAAAAUACGUCAACAGCUUAGAAUACUUUCUAAUGGAGUUCAGAUGGGAGAAUAAAUUGGUUGGUCUGGGAUUGAAGCUCAGAGAAUCGAAAAGAACUUGGCAACGACGGAAGGCAUUAUUCACUUUAUUCGAGUUUUGGAGAGAUCAAUCCAGAGAAAAGAGAAACUUUGAGAACUACACAAUUCUGCAUGCGGUCAAGGAGAUGGAAAACUAUAGAAUAUUCAUCAACAGAUCUGUCUCAUGGUUUUAUAAUCACAUCACUUUACUCAAGAUGAUUCUCUACGAUCUCUGUGAUAACGUCGAUACUCAAUGGAGAGAGUGGAUGUUUAACAAGGGGGAGGCAUUACCUAUUCUAGGCGUCAACGGUGUCAACGAGGAUAAUAUCAACGAAGCGAUUGAUAAUGUGCUUACUUUAGAUUUUCUAGACGACGGAACCGAGAACAACCAGGUCAAAUCUUCCAAAGUGGUACCACCAAAAAAUUAG